AUGACUUCUUGCACAGCUUCUCAUUGCGUAUGCGCUCAAAAGGCAACCUGUUCUUGUGGUGCACAUCCAGCAAACCAUUGUGUUUGUGAAAAAGCUGCUCAAGAGAAUGUAACGCCGUCAGCAUCAGAUGCAUGCCCAUGUGGUAAGCGUGAAAAGGAUUCAUGUACAUGUGGUGCCGAUGCUCAUUGUCAUGGAGAAAGAGAAGGUGAAAUUGAUUUUACAAACUUGAAAUAG